AUGAUGAACGACUUGAAACAGCCUUGCUCCUCUCCUACCAAUCGAUACUCGGCAUCUUCAUCACGAAGAAAAUUUUCUCUUCCUCUCUUCCGAACGAAACAAGAAUGCGAGCAAGAAGCAUUAGAAUUUGCUUCCAAUUUUAUGAUCAUUUUCGAAGAGAUGAUGAAUAACGAGGUUGCAAGGGCAGAGUUCAAACACUUUUUGAAAGAAGAGGCCCACAAUGAGGAGCCUAUUAAUUUCCUAGACGAUCUUGAAAUCUAUUCUAAAGAAUUCAAGAAGACCAACGACUGCUUCUUGCAAGACGAUGUUCAAACUUCCUCCAGUACUUUCAAACGCGUCACCAAAUUGUACAAUCAAGCUCACAAAAUCAUUGAGAAGUAUAUUGCGUUUCAAGGACAUAGUGAACUGAAUUUGGGUCAUUCUCAAAACUCUACACUACGAGAAUGGAGUAAAAUUGAGUACUUGAUGCAACUGAUCACGUCAACACAGGAGGAAGUAUCUGUGGACACGACUGGAAGCCCUCCUAGCUCACCAAAAAGCCCUACAUCACCACUUUCUCCAACCAACUUAUUCUUUUCAAAUUUCCCUACUGUUACAUCUUAUGGUGCUCAAGCCAGACGCGAACAGACUCAUUCUAAACCCAAUCCCAAAAGAAUUCUCUAUAAUAGAGAUUUAGUACGUCAAAUGAUGGAAUUGCUAGACGCAAAGCAACUGUUUGAAUCUUGCAAAGUGAAUGUGAACUUGGAUUUGAAAUUGGAUCAAUUUCCAAGAUUCACACGAUCCAAAUGUUGCCAUUUGUUUCUCUUUUUCAACGGAGAAUCGUUUGCACGAACCAUAGCUGUGGAUAUUUCAAAAGGAAGAAACGUGGAUGUGAGAUUUAGACCUAAAGAUUUUGAGACACAACUCGUAACAGAUAAGGACAUUUAUUUCGCCUUUUCCAUGUGUGAAGACGAUCUACACUGGGAAUUGGUAUAUGACAGCAAGCAAAUCAAGUUGUUUCACUCAAAAGCAAACUUUUUAUUUGGCAAAGAUCCUUCCUCAAUGCAUCUUUCAAAAUCAGUAAUGACUCUGCCAUUCCCUGUUGAACAGAUAUGGAAUGCAUUUUGUCAUCAAGAUUUUAGAUUCAAACUUCACGAUCGACUAUUACCAGGAAGUUGCUCUCUUGAAUAUAUUCCUCCUGUUAAAUCCACUGACACUGAUCCACAGAAAGGAUUAGUGAUUGAGGAACGAGAAGACCUUUACAAUAGUGAUGCACCACCUCUUGGGAUUGCCUUGGGAUUCUUGGGAAUUGAUGCAAAGCUUCCAUUGGUCAAGAAAAGAGUUUGUUCAAUCUCCCAAACGUGCAUCUACGAUCCACAUGCACAAUGCUAUGUAAAUGUAGGUCAUUCCACAUCACCUCUUUCUCAUUCUCAACAAUACCAAGAUUUUGCACGUGAGAAAGUUGUCAUGGACCUACUAUUCUGUCACAUGUUUUUCCGGGUGAACAUGAAUACAACUCGAUUCGUUCAAGUUUAUUACUUGGACCACAAACUUCCUCAAGCCCUAUCACAAAGCAUCAUCACGAAACAGUCAAAGACCAUGUUUGAAAAUUUUGAAAGCACCAUACAACAAAGUAGAUGCUGCCAAUCAUCAUGUCAGAAUCAUGUCACCCCUUCUCCUUCGUUAGACGUAUUCAAAAUUCAAAAAGCCCUCGACGACAAUUCUCGUCUAUAUCCCAACCGAUCUUGGUUCAAAGAAUAUGAAUCAAGAAAGAAACAAACUAUCCCACCCUCAACCGAUGAUAGUGUAGCAUUCCCUCGAGUUCAUACAUCAGGCAGAAAGAGUUCCUACCUAUAA